UGGAAGCCGGAAGUUGCUUGUGCGGAUCGCAAGUAACCAGGGUAACCAGAGCCGGUAACGGGAACUUCCGGAGGCUGGUGACAGUCCAGGAAGCUCCGGAGCUGGCCCUGUCUGUGCACAGGAUGCUGCGUGUAUCUGCGGGAUAGAUUCGGGAGCCAAAUGCCUAUCCCAUGCAUGUUUAGCUUCUACCACAUCUGCUGCCAGGCUGUUCCACUUAACUACCUACCCAAGAAUUUAUAUUAUCUUCUGCGGGACAGAAUGGGGGCCGACCAGAGCUCAGAGUCUGACUUGCGGCACGGCGAUGGGGGCUCUUCAGCUUCCCCGUCACCUGCCAAGCAGAGAGCAAAGAUGGACGACAUUGUAGUGGUGGCUCCGGGGACCCAGUCCCACCGGAACAUCAGCAAAGAUCCUGAAGUCAUCAAGUUACAGGAGAUUCCCACGUUCCAACCCCUUCUGAAGGGUCUCCUGAGCGGUCAGACUUCCCCGACCAACGUGCGGCUGGAGAGGCUGGACUCCCCGCAAGUCCUGCAGCUUUGCGUCCGUUACCAGGAUCACCUCCACCAGUGCGCAGAGGCCGUGUCCUUCGACCAGAACGCGCUGGUCAAACGCGUCAGAGAGAUGGACGCAUCGGUGGACACCCUCUACAGCCACAUGCAGGAACGGCAGAAGCGCUUCGCCAAGUACGCCGAGCAGAUCCAGAAGGUGAACGAGAUGUCUGCCAUCCUGCGGCGCAUCCAGAUGGGGAUCGACCAAACCGUCCCUCUCAUGGAGAAGCUCAACUCCAUGCUGCCCGAGGGCGAGAGGCUUGAGCCGUUUUGCAUGAGCCCGGAGCGAGAGAGCAAGCCCUAGACGCUGCCUCCCUGCGGACAGUGUCUGCAUUUAAGGGCGAGAUUAGGAAAACCUGAGCGAGCAAAGUAGGUAGCCCAGCUCAUGGAAAACUGUACCAAAGGCACCGGGGUAAAAGGACCCAGCUGUAGACAGGGAUUACAGAACUGGAUUUACUUCGGGUGCCCUGCGUUUCAGGUUUCUUCCAGCACCCACAGACUUGCGUAAAGCUGAAUUGGUUCCGUCGCUGUAAGCUACUACCCGCCAAUGCUUAGCCGUUUUAUUGAAUUCUGAAUGUGGAUUAGUUGCCGUAAACCGGACAUAGGAGUCGCUAA